GACCCCAUUCACUGGAAACUCAGGUCCCUGAAUCCCUCUGAGGCCCCAUUUGGAAGAGGUGAAAGGGAGAAGGCUGGUUUUUAAAGGAGUCAAGGGGUUACCCAGAAACAACAAACACCCUGAGGAAGUAAGACCUGUGCCUGAAGACCAGCAGGACAGAUCUGUGCUCCAGUCCCUGGGAGACCAAGUUUGCCAGAACCCUUCCCUUGAAGCAAAAUGAUGUCCACUAAAUACACAGACAAUGGAAGAGGAGACUCAAUGAAGCUAGAACUCAGAAUUGCCCUCAUAGGAAAAUCAGGGGCUGGAAAAAGUGCAACAGCAAACACCCUCCUGGGGAGGAGAGAAUUUGAGUCCAAGUGCUCAGCAGAGUCGGUCACCAAAGUCUGUAGAAAAGCCUGGACCGGGAGGAAUGGGAGGAAUAUCUCUGUUGUUGAUAUUCCCGACAUUUUUGACACUGACACUCCAGAGCAAGAAAAUUUAAAGGAAAUAGCUCAUUUCAUGACACUAUCCUCUCCAGGACCACAUGCUAUAUUAUUGGUGUUGCAUGUCCGUCCUUUCACUUAUGAGAAGACAGCCAUUGAAAAUCUUUUUAAGAUUCUGGGACCUGAAGCUGUAAAGUUUUUGAUCAUUUUAUUCACUGGGAAAUAUAAACUAGAAGAAAGUAUAGAGGAUUACUUAGGAACCAUUAAAGACUCAUACUUCAGGGAAUUGUUGAAGAAGUGUGAAAAUCGAUGCUGUGCAUUUGACAAUAAUGCUACUGGAGCCCAGAGAGAUGCCCAGGUUUCAAAGCUGAUGGCCAUGAUUGAGAGUAUGGUGCAAGAAAAUGGAGGUACCCAUUACACCAAUAAAAUAUAUGAAUCUGUGGAAGUGCUCCUCCAGAAAGACAUGGAAGCACAUCAACAAUAUGAUAAGGAACAGUUUGAGAGGAGUAUUGAAAAAAUCAGGCAGAAGUAUGAGAAAAAGCAAUUGUGGGAGAAAAAAAUGGAAAAUUGGGAAAAGACAAUGGAAAGCUCGGAAAAGAAAAAAGAAAAGCUAAAGGAAGAAUAUGAGAAGAAAAAGAAAGAAUAUGAAAAGCAAAGGAGCAACUUCGCUGAUAAGAAAGAGUCAGAAGAAGAGGCAAAGUACAGGAAAUAUUAUGAAAACCGGGAGAAGGCUGAGAAUAAUCAAGAUUUCUUUUUUAAAAAAUGUGGACCUAAUUCUCACUUUGAUAUCCAAUUUCAUGAAAAUGUGUUUUGCACAAGCUUCCUUGACAUCCUCCAAGUUCCUCCAAAAGUACUAAAAUCCAACCUUUUGAAAAAGCCUUUCCCCAUCUCCUUAAGGCAAGUGCCUUCCCUCUGUGAUUAUCUCCACCUCAUCUGGGGACAAAGGCUGACCAGGAGCAACACACUAAGAAAAAAAAAAAAAGACAUGAGUCUGAGGAAAAGUAUGACCACCCAAUACCCAAACCACAGAAAAGGAGGCUCAAAGGGGUCAGAAUUCCGAAUUGUCCUUGUGGGGAAAACGGGGGCUGGGAAAAGUGCAACAGGAAACACCAUCCUGGGCAGGGAAGAGUUUGAGUCCAAGUGCUCAGGAGGGUCAGUCACCAAGGCCUGCAAGAAAGCCAAGACUGAAUGGAAUAACAUGGAAAUUUCUGUUGUUGAUACUCCAGGCAUUUUUGAGACUAACACCCCAGAGCAAGAAAAUUUGACUGAAAUAGCUCGUUUCAUGACGUUAUCCUCUCCAGGGCCACACGCUCUACUACUGGUAUUGCAAGUGGGUCGUUUCACCGAUGAAGAGAAGGCAGCCAUUGAAAGGGUUUUUAAGAUUCUAGGAGAUGAAGCAGUGAAGUUUUUAGUCAUCAUAUUCACUGGAAAAGACAAUCUAGGAGAAGAAAGCAUAGGAGAUUUUGUAGGAACCAUUCGAGACUCCUAUUUCAAGGAGUUGUUGAAGAAGUGUGAAUACCGAUACUGUGCAGUGAACAAUAAGGCUAAUGAAGCCCAGAAGGUCACCCAGGUUUCAGAGCUGAUGGCCAUGAUUAUGGACAUGGUGCAAUAUAAUGGGAACACCUACCACACCACCAAAAAUUAUGAAUCUGUGGAAAAGUUACUCCAGAAGAGCACAGAGGCACGUCAGCAACAUUACAAGGAGCAGUUUGAGAGAAAAUUAAAAGAAAUCAGCCAGAAGCAUGAGGAAGAAAUGAAAAAGUUGGAAAAGAAAAGGAAAGAGAUGGAGAAGAAAAUGAAAAAGUGGGAGAAGGAAAGUGAGGAGUAUAAAAAGCAAAAGGAAGAAUAUGAGAAGCAAAAGCAAAACUUGGAGGAUAAGAAGAAUAAAGAGUCAGAAGAAGAAGAGGCUAAGUACAAGAGAUAUUAUCAUGGUGCCCGGUGGGAGUCUGAAAAUGCUCAGAAUAUCCUUUCUGAAGUUAUAAAGUUCGUUUUGCCCAUUGUUAUAUCAGGCCUUAUCACUGUAUUUCUCAAGAAGAUCUGACAAUCAGAAUUAUUGCAUAUUUAGUUUCUUCUUUCAGGUGCAUUCAUAAAGGUAUAUAAUUCUUGAAGAAGGCAGAGUCCAGUGACAGAAAACUUUCACAAACUAUUUCUGACCCUCAUUUUUCUAAUCAGAUUACAAGUCUCUUAUAAUAUUAUUCCAUCAUAAGCCUAAACACAUGCAAGGAAUUUGAGUGAGGGAAAAAAAGAAGCAAAAUUAAAAGCCUGAGAAUUUAAGAUUAACUAGAAGGAGCAGAAAAAUUAAAAAAGAUAAAAUAUGCAAAUAUUGGAGGAAUGGUUAAUAGAAUUUUGGGAAAGUUUCAUGUAUAAACCACCCCUUAUUUUUUAAAGGACCCUUUACAGAACUAGAAUCUCUAUUAGUUUGGGAAUAUAAAAGUGUAUUUUGUUUACAUUGGUUUGUUCCCCAAAACAUGUUUGAUAUAUUUGGAGAUGUGAAGCCCUCCCCAAAAAGCAGAAAAAUUUAGGAAGCCAAAUAACUUACCUUGUCCCCAUGAAAGGGGGUGGAAACAGAAUAACUCUCUUUUUUACCCCUGACUUUUUACCCCUGACUUUUAGUUUCUCCUGAAGUUUGUUAUCCAAAACUGAUAGAGAUAUUAAAUUCUCCUGUUACAUAUGUAUUACUGUCUAUGUAUACCAAAAUUUCUUGUAGAUCAAAUGUUUGUUUCCUUUAUGAAUUUGAGUGUUAAGACAUAAGAACAAUAUGAGUUUGUUGGUGGUGUUUUUUUUACUUAUAUUUGUUUGGUACUUAUAUUGGUGGUACUUAUAUUGGUUCAGCAUUACAUAGUUUCAUAUUUGUCUCUUUUUAUUUGUAUGUUUGCUUUUCCUUUGUCUGAUAGCAUUAGGCAACUCCUACUUUUUUGGCUUCACUUCAUAGAUAGUAAAUACUUUUCUAUCCUCUUA